AGAGUCUUCUGAGGCCAAUGUAAUCCACGGUCCAUUUUAAACCAGGUGCACAAAUUGUUGAUCAAACAUUUAAUUGGCACACUGAUAAAAAGUAUAAAUCAAAUAAUCAAAUCAAAUUGUUAUUUUGGAAUAAGCAAACAUUAAAAAAAAAAGACAAAUGUAAUUGGAAUUAACCAAAUGUUGUCUGAGUGCAUCCGCAAGUGAGGCUAAAGUAAAUGUGAGGCUUAUUUUAAGAAAUAUUAUUUUAUGAUACAUUUAAAAUAGUUACCUUUAGUUGCAUCGAAUUUUGAAGUACUUUUUUACCUGUGCCAUAAAUGUCUCGUACUUUUUGCCUGCUGCCAGUGUAAUAAGAAGCACAAUAUAUAUUUUGCCGCUGCAGCAGCUGUCGCGGAUUAACCCAGGUGACCGCUUAUUAGCGGGUCAGGAUUAGCGCCAAUUGGUAGGUAGUCCAGACGCCGCUGCAGCUGCGCUCCGCUGCAGGUAAAGCCCACGAGCUUCUAUAAAACAAGCACGCACAACUUUGUGGGUCAACAGUUGAACAAGACACACAGCAAGAUGAAGAGCCACCUGAUGAAGCUGAAGUUCGAAGCCGACGAGUUGUCCUAUACCAACACCUAUGGCGCCCUGGAGCUGGAGGCGGCCGCUGCGCUCCUCAUGCUGCGCUAUCAGUACGAUAUAAGUGCGGUGGGCGGCACAGGUUGCACUGUGGCACAGACCACGCCGCCGCCGCCACCGGCAGCCGAAACGGAGAAGAGCACGCCCAAGGAGCAAGUGCGUGCCGUUGUGGAUGCCUCGUCGCAGCCGCUUAAGAAACGUCGCAUACCGCCGCAUUUGCUGCGACGCUCCCUGACGCCGGCCAAGGCGACACCCAGCACCCAGCACGGCGGCAACGUGACCAAGGCCAAGCUAAAGGCGGUGCCAGCGGCGGCAUGCAACAAGGCGCUGCUCAAGUCGUGCCGCAACAUGAUACGCGAAUUCCUGGACAACCAGGAGCUGAUCUAACUAACACCAAAGAGGCUCCCUAGGAGCUGUGCUUUCGCUUUCAUCAGUUUUUGAUUUCAUUUAUUUAUUGCAUAUAUAAAUUU